GACAAAGAAAAGAGAAAGUGCUUUGGCGAUAAACAAAUAAAAGUGCUAUGAAUUUAUGUACAUAUGUGUGUAAGUAUGUGCUCCACAAACCAUUCGGCGGCAAUAAGCAACGUAUACAACAUGGAUUUAUGUAAUUGUCCAUAAAGGAUUACGUACAAAUUGAAAAGGAUAAUUUAGCAACACAUCAGCAUAGGCCAUUACUGGCCAGCAAACUUGGUUCCAGCAGAGCGCAACACAAACCCGAAGCGCGUAGUUUAGUGGAUUACGUUUAAUGUGACAACCACAACAAAAGAAACAACAACAACAAGCAGAUAAGUAGAUAUAAAAUAUAUAAAACAGCGAGAAAAACAACAUAACAGUACGGGUGUUAGAAUAAUAAGCGAAACAACAACAACAACAACAGCAAUGGAUUUAUUAUUUCUAUUACAUUUACUCGUCCUACUUGUCAGUCAAAAUGUUGCUGUACUUGGUCAAUUCGAUGGCAGCUGGCUAACUUUGGCACCCUCAACACCAUCUAUCACACAUUUUGUAAAUGAUUCCUUCAUUAUAUUCUGUAAAACAGUACAAAAAGAUGUGAGUGCGAAGUGGAAAGACCCCAAAGGGGUGGCAAGAGAGAAUACAAAGGGGCGCGUGCAUAUCGAAAAGAAAACAGGAUUUUUGGCGCUGGUCUUUGAGCACAUAGCGUUGACGGACAAAGGCAACUGGACGUGUGAAGCUACUGUGACCAACAACAACAAUAACAACAAUGAAGCAUCAUCAGCAGCAGCUGCAGCAACAACGGAUGCCGGCGCUGUGGCGGUAGCCAGCGGGGAGGCGAGGAAGUCUUUUGAGCUGCUCGUAAAUCAGAAAAUCUCCUUUGAAAAAACGGAGCUGGUGCAAUCGGCGGGUGAGGGGCGUGAUGCCACGGUCAAGUGUUUUGUAAAAGGUGAUCCCCGUCCGGACGUGUCCUGGCUAUAUAAUGGCGAAUACAUAAACACUGUCAACUCGACAAAAUACAAAAAGCUCUCCGAUGGACUCUUCAUCAAGAAUGUACAGCAAUCGGAUGCUGGUGAAUACACGUGCCGUGCAAUGCGAAUCACACCAACUUUUGCGGAUUCCGAACAAAUUACGAUUCUGUUGAGGAUACAACAUAAGCCCCACUGGUUCGAUAAUGACACUUCAUUGGUUCAAUAUGCGUACAUCGGUGGUAUGGUGAAUAUUUCGUGCGAUGCAAUGGGUGAGCCACCACCUUCGUUCACCUGGGUGCAUGAGGGUCGUGCCAUUACCGGACGUAAUUAUCGUAUUUUCUAUGCCGAUUACGGCUCAACGCUACAGAUACAUGUCCGAAAUGAAUCACAACUUGGCGAUUAUAAGUGCAAAGUUGCCAAUCCGUUGGGCAUGUUGGAGCGCAUAGUGAAGCUGCGAAAAGGACAGAAGCCCAGCGGACCAUCGCGCUUUCAAUUGCGACGCGCAUUCACCGAUGGCUUUGACCUCGAUAUUAGAUCGGAGAAAUAUGCCAAUGUUGAGGAGAAUAUGCGUACAUUCGGUUAUCGGGUGCAAUAUAUGAGCGAAGGCGAUUUUAAGCACAGCGCUGGCAAUUGGAGUUAUGCCAAGCAUAAGGACUACCAUUUUCAGCGAGGUGGCCGCUUUGUACUCAAUGGAUUGGAUCGUAAUACCACAUAUUUGGUGCGCGCAGCAACACGUAAUCCAGCUGGUCUCAGCGAUUGGAGUACGGUGAAAAUUUUCGCAACACUAUCGAAUUUCGCUCGCAGAACAGUCACGAAUAUUAUGUGGCAAACAUGUUUAGUAGUUGGUUUAGGAUAUACAUUUAGCGAAUAUGUGAAAUUUAGAGCGUAUGUUUAAGUUAAACGCAAAACACACACACAUACACAUACACACACACAUAUAUAAAAACUUGAAAACAUACACCUGCAGUUACAUUUUAACCGUUCUGCCAAUCCGCCACAACCAACAAGUAAGUCAUCUUAGUUCCUUAGGUAUAACUAUGAAAGCUAUAGCUAUAGUAAGGAAAGGUCUCCAUUAAAUACAUAUAAAUAUGUUUCACGCUAAUUGUUAAAUGUUUACGAUUAUUGUAGUUACGUACAUACAUACUUACAUACUUAUGCAUUUAUUCAUGUUAAAUUUUUAAGUACCUGAUUUGUUUCGAAAACUCCUUACAUACCCACAUUCAUAUACAUACAUACAUACAUACUAUUCUCGUAGUUACUUACAUACAUACCUACAGUGCAUUACAGUGGCUACUACAUACAUAUUUACUUACUCGAUUUUUUGCUCUCGAUAUUACACUGCUUUCGGAUUCUGUGAUAGCUUUAGUCCAUUUUUUCGUUUUUUUUUUUUUUGCUUUUGCUGUUGUUUUUAUACUCAAACCUAGUUUGUAUAUUGAAUUCCUUUUUCGCUGCUUUUGAUUUCACUCAUUUACAAGCGUAAAAGAACAUUUUUAUUUUUUUGGUUUUCAUUUCCUUUUAACAACAAGUCAUCUGCAAUCACAAGUGUUCAGCAUCGUUUUUGUACUUUUUUAAAUGGAAUUCUUCAAGAAUUUUACAUCAGUGUCGUAAAAAGAACAAAUAAACGAAGAUUUUACUACAUAAGUGAAUAAGUCCAAAUAAAUAAAAAAACAGCAAAU